AUUUUUACAAGUAAGGCAAAUGACACCGCAGGAUGAAAUUAACAGAUAUUUCAUUGAUUUACAUUCUCAUUGGUGUCUACGUUGCUGAAUGCUGCACAGAUUUGGACACUGGGAAAUGCUGCUUCAAUUUUUAUGAGAAUAAAAGCGGUGUCUGUGAAGAAUGUCCAUUUGGAACGUUUGGUGAGAACUGUGGUGGACGAUGCCCUCCCGGAUAUUUUGGGAGACUAUGUCAAGAAAUAUGUUCUUGUGAGGCUGAGGAAUGUAAUCUAGUAAAUGGCUGUUCGUCUCAAACAGGACCACAACAAAUCUCCCCAAAAAGACCACGACCAGUUCCUCCAACUACUUGGAAAAACACAGCAUUUAUCAUGAUAGGAAGUAUUGGAACGUGUGUUAUUGUUGGAAUGAUGUAUUGCGGUAAAUCCUGGUACUUUAGAAACAGAGUACAUACGUCGUUGACUGGUAGAACGAACAAUACAGAAUCUUCAGUUUCCUACCAUGUGGUAAACGCUUUAAACAGAAACGCUUUAGGAGUGGAACGCUACGUAAAUGAGAGACAACAAUCCGAGAUAGAUCGCCAAAGUAAUCAUGGAGAUGUUUUGUUACAAGAUAAAUGGACAUAUCAUAAUGGCGAGUGUUGCAUGCCAGGAAACAGCAACAUUUACUGCGAUUUAAAUCAUGAUUUCUAUGAAAACAACUCCGGCUUCCUGGGAGAUGGUUCAGAUACCGAAGUAGAACAGGGAAGUGAUGUCUUCCAAAGAAGGAACACUGGUUCUGCAUGUACCAAUAACGGAGUAGUCUUUAACCGGGAGAUGCCCCAACGUGAUAAAAAUCACGAGGAUAUAAAGAAUGAAACAGCAGAAUCUAUGUCUUCAGUCUCAAAGACUUCCGAGGGACAGAUGGGAUUUCAAAUAUCUAAAAGAGUUCCUGACUACAAAUUCAGACCUUACAGUUCAAUAAAGUACAACAGAUACAAAUCAAAGACUGGGUACGACCAACAAAGCGCACCCUACCAAUCUUUGUUAUUUUGUGAAACAGAGGAAAAAGAAACAGACAUUUUACAUGAAGAACCAUAUCAAGAUACUAUACCCAACUCUAGAGUUUCCUUCCAUGUGGUAAAUGGUUUAAACAGAAACUCCUCAGCAGUGCAAAAUGACGUAAAUGAGAGACAACAGUUCGAUUUAGAUUGGCAAAGUAAUUAUGGAGGUGCUUGUUUACAAGAGAAAUUGACAUAUCAUAAUGAUCAGUGCUGUAUAUCAGGAAACAACAACAUUAACUGCGAUUUAAACCAUGAUGUCUAUGAAAAACGCACCAGCUUCGUGGGAGAUGGUUCGAGUUGUGAUGAUAGCGAAAUAAGGCGGGGAAGUGGUGCCUUUGAAACAAGGAACAAUGGUUCUGUAUGUACAAGCAACGGAGUAGUGAUUAAAAGGGAGAAGGCCCAGCGUGAUAAAAAUCAUGACGACACAAAGAAUGAAACAUCAGACUCUUUGUCUUUGGGAUUUCCAAUAUCUGAAAGGAUCUCUGACUUCAAAUCCAGACCUUACAGCUCAAUAAAGUACAACAGAUAUGAAUCAAAGACUGGGAACGACGAAAAGAGUGCGCCCUACGAAUCCUUAUUUUUUAAAAGAGAGGAAAAAGAGACAGACAGCUUACACGAAGAGCCAUAUCAAGAUACUGCACCCAACUGUAGGGAUGAAGUUCGUUUCAACACUCUCGAAACAUUGGCAGUAAAAAAUACAAGUUAUUCCAGAUUGGGUUCGGAAAAGAAAACAUGUACUGACUUGAUUUCCCACGAUCUGGAAUUCAGUAAUUGCAAUGUUUAUUGCAAUGAAUAUAGAAAAUCUGCAAAAGAGAAGCCAAUUGCUUAUGAUUUCACCAGAAAAGAUACACACAUAGAGAAAGAAGGCUCAGAACUGUGUGAGACGUCCGCAUAUCUGACAGCCUCGAGGGACGAACAUAAUCCUGACAAGGAGAAUGUGACGGAAUUACAUCACAAUGGUGCAUCGCUAGUACAUCCCUCAGCAGACGAGGAAAGAAUAUCGAGUGCUUCAAACGUCUAUCACAUUUGUGCUGGAGAGGAAUAUUUACCCAAUCAUCUGCCGUAUAGCAAAAUUCAUAUCGGUAUAACCACUGACGAUAAUGACCGAUUGCCGAAUGAAAACAGUGACAAUCAUUAUGAAGAACUGAGUGUCUACGAAGACAUUCGCCAUUCAGACCAUCAACAUGUGGAAACUGUAUAGUUAACACAAAAUGAGUGUAAACAUGCAGUCAUAUUUAAAAAAGUACUUCCGGCAAAUAUGUUUUAUGUUUCUUUAGAAUAUGUGAGUAUAAUUGUGAGUUAUUGUUUUAAAAUUCCAUUACAUCCUGAAAAACACAAUAAAAUAAAGACGACAUAAUUAGAAUUGUGA